GCUGCGAUGGCGGCUGCCUCGGACCCUCAGUCGGAGGACCAGCAGUGGAGCUUUGUGCGAGUUCUGGAGAAGCGGGAUGGCACGGUACUACGACUGCAGCAGUACGGCUCCGGCGGCGUGGGGUGCGUCGUUUGGGACGCUGCCAUUGUCCUUUCUAAAUACCUGGAAACGCCCGGGUUUGCUGGAGACGGGGCCCACGCGCUGAGCCGGCGGUCGGUGCUGGAGCUGGGUUCGGGCACCGGGGCCGUGGGGCUCAUGGCCGCCACCCUCGGGGCAGAUGUUGUAGUCACCGAUCUUGAGGAAUUGCAAGACUUGCUGAAGAUGAAUAUUAAUAUGAACAAGCAUCUUGUCGCCGGUUCUGUUGAAGCCAAGGUACUGAAAUGGGGGGAAGAAAUAGAAGACUUUCCUUCUCCACCAGACUACAUACUGAUGGCCGACUGCAUAUACUAUGAGGAGUCUUUGCAGCCGUUGCUGAAAACCCUAAAAGAUCUUAGUGGAUCUGAGACUUGUAUUAUAUGUUGUUACGAACAACGAACAAUGGGAAAAAAUCCAGAAAUUGAGAAAAAAUAUUUUGAGCUUCUUCAACUAGACUUUGACUUUGAAAAAAUUCCUUUGGAAAAACAUGAUGAAGAGUAUCGAAGUGAAGAUAUUCAUAUUAUAUACAUCAGAAAGAAAAAAUCGGUGUCAUGUAUGUAGAGUCACACACUGCGUGGCCUCUCAUGUCUGGCUUCUUUUACUCAGUGCGGUGUUCUCCAGCCUUGUCCAUGUCAUGCACAUGAGCACUUCACUACCAUGGCUGAGUGAUACUCCUUUAUACAAAUACACCACAGCUUCUGUACUCAUCCAUUAGUUGAUGGCAUUUCAGUUUCACUUUAUGGCUAUAAUAAAUAAUGCUGCUGUUCAUAUAGAAGAUUUUGUGUAAACAUUUGUUUUUUAAUCACUUGUAUAUAUAUCUGGAGUAAAAUUGCUAGGUUAUAUGGGAACUCUAACUUUUUGAGGAAUUGUCAAACUAUUCUGAAGGUAUUAUACCAUUUUACAUUCCUACCAGCAGUGUAUGACAGUUCCAACUUCUCCCUAUGUUUACUAAUACUUGUUAUGUUUGAUUUUUUCAUUAUGGUCAUCUCAGUGGGUCUGAGAUAGUAUCUCAUUGUAGUUUUUUCAUUUUCAUUUCCCUAAUGACUAAUGAUGUUAGGUGUACCUUUUCAUUUAUUUGGAGAAAUACGUAGUACUUGGCCCAUUUUCAAAUUGAGUUAUUUGGAUUUUUUACUUUUUUUUUUUUUUUUUCUUUUGAGUCAGUCUUACUCUGUCACUCUGGGGUUGAGCUGUGGUGUCCUAGCUCACAGGAGCCUCAAACUCUUGGACUCAAGUGAUCCUCUUGCCUCAGCUUCUCAAGUAGCUGGGACUGCAGGCACCUUGCCACCAUGCCCAGCUAGUUUUUGUAUUAUUAAUAGAGAUGGGAUCUUACUCUUGCCUCAUUCUUGCUUAGGCUGGUCUCUAACUCCUGAGCUCAUGCAAUCCACCUACCUUAGCCUCUCAGAGUUCUGGGAUUACUUUUGAGUUCUAAGAGUUCUUUAUAUAUUCACAAUAUUAGACACCAGAUACAUGAUUUGCAAAUACUUUCUUCCAUCUGUGGUUGUCUUUUUCUUUCUUUCUUUUUUUUUCGAUAGUGUGUCUUUUGAAGCAUGAAUUUUUUUUUUUUUACUUCCUUUUUCUUUUUUUUUUGGAGACAGUUUCACUACAUCGCCCUUGGUCAAGUGCCCUGGUGUCACAGCUCACAGCAACCUCAAACUCUUGGGCUUAAGCGAUUCUCUUGCCUCAGCCUCCCAAGUAGCUGGGACUACAGGCGCCCGCCACAAUGCCUGGCUAUUUUUUGGUUAUAGUUGUCAUUGUUGUUUGACAGGCCCGGGCUGGAUUUGAACCCGUCAGCUCUGGUGUAUGUGUCUGGCGCCCUAGCUGGAGAGCACAGGCACCAAACCCGAAGCACAAAUUUUUUAAUUAAUAUCCAGUACAUCUGUUUUUUUUCCUUUGGUGUCAGCUAAAAAGCAUCUCUAGGGUGGCGCCUGUGGCUCAAGGAGUAGGGCACUGGUCCCAUA